GGCCCAGAUUGAACAGCCUUACACGUCUGCAUCUCCGACUGCAUCAAUUUUGAUAUCGUCGCCUUACACGACGGCUAUUGCAAGCUAACUUGAACAAUAACGCAACUCAAAGGUCAAGGCCAAUCGGUCGUAUCUGAACAGGAUCAGGCCGUUUUGACAUCAAGAAAAUAACAUGGAGAAAAACAAGUAUAGUAUUAUAAUCCCAACAUACAACGAGCGGCUCAACAUUGCCCUCAUCGUCUACCUCAUCUUUAAGCAUCUCCGGGAUGUUGACUUUGAAAUAAUUGUUGUGGAUGAUGGGAGUCCUGAUGGUACUCAAGAAGUAGUAAAGCAGUUGCAGCAAGUUUAUGGUGAGGAUCGCAUUCUUUUAAGACCUAGACCAAAGAAGCUUGGUUUAGGAACGGCUUAUGUUCAUGGAUUAAAGCAUGCAUCUGGAAAUUUUGUCGUAAUCAUGGAUGCUGAUUUAUCCCACCAUCCGAAGUACUUGCCAAGCUUUAUCAAGAAACAAUUGGAGACUGGCGCAAGUAUAGUCACUGGAACCCGGUAUGUUAAAGGUGGCGGUGUACAUGGGUGGAAUCUUAUGCGCAAGCUAACAAGUAGGGGAGCAAAUGUUCUUGCGCACACACUGUUGUGGCCUGGUGUAUCUGAUUUGACAGGGUCUUUCCGACUGUAUAAGAAAUCAGUGCUUGAAGAUAUCAUAAGCUCUGUCGUUAGCAAGGGAUAUGUCUUUCAAAUGGAGAUGAUUGUCCGGGCUUCCAGAAAAGGCUACCAUAUUGAGGAGGUUCCAAUUACUUUUGUUGAUAGAGUUUUUGGAAGUUCAAAACUUGGAGGAUCUGAAAUUGUUGAAUAUCUGAAAGGCCUUGCAUAUCUUCUGGUUACAACAUGAUAGGCAAUAUCAAUUAUGGCACUCUAUUCUUACAUACUUUUUUACAAUUUUUAUUUGACCUUGUAUUCCAUUUGACCUUGUAUUCCAUGAACUUCUGUCGUUGUCCUUUUUUGCAUGGAUCAAUAGAUUAUAUGACACUAGACGAUAUCAAAUUCGCUCUUGUUUCUAGUCAGUAAUCAACUUCUGAUGGAUUAAAUGCUGUAAUUCAGAAGCAAAUUAGAUUCUUUCAAACAGCAAUACAGUUUUCUCUUGAUUCUUUUGGUACA